AUGGCGUCUGGACGAAAAGAUUUCCUGAGCCAGCUGGCGCCCGAUAACUAUGUCGCUGGUCUUGGUCGUGGUGCGACCGGUUUCACCACUCGCUCCGAUCUUGGCCCGGCGCGCGAAGGUCCUACGCCCGAACAGAUCCAAGCUGCUCUAAACAAGAGAGCAGCACAACUAGGUGCCGCUGCACCUACUGCCUACGGAAACCAAUCGCGCGAGAAAGGCGGAAAAGACGACGAGAAGGAAGAAGACGAUGAGCGCUUCCAAGAUCCCGAGAAUGAGGUCGGACUAUUCGCAUACGGACAGUUCGAUCAAGAAGACGACGAGGCAGAUCGCAUUUACCAAGAGGUAGACGAGAAGAUGGACAGGCGUCGGAAAGCUCGCAGGUUAGUCGCAUUUCCCAUACAUUUCCCCUCGAACCAUUUGUUCAUCGGGAUAGCCCCGGUUGUUUGGACAGAGUACCGACUUGAAUCGCUCGCCACCUACAGGGAAGCCCGUGAAAAACUAGAAGAAGAAGACUACAAUCGAAAAAACCCGAAGAUUCAACAACAGUUCGCCGAUUUGAAACGAACCCUUGCCUCGGUGUCCGAAGAAGAUUGGGCAAACCUCCCCGAGGUUGGUGAUUUAACGGGCAAGAAUCGACGAGAGAAGCAGAACCUCCGACAACGUUUCUAUGCCGUUCCGGAUAACGUCAUUGCUGGUGCUAGAGACUCGACCCAAUACGAUACAUCAGUCGCCGAUGAUGGAGCGCAACCUGAUGGCGGUGAUGGAGAAACUGAUGGGACCAUGACAAACUUCGCAGACAUCGGUGCGGCGCGUGAUAAAGUACUGAAGGUCCGACUGGACCAGGCUGCGCUGGGAUCGUCGGCCGAUACAUCAUCAGGAAGCGCCACGAACAUCGACCCCAAGGGCUACCUAACUAGCUUGACGCAAUCCGAAGCGAAAGCCGGAGAAGUCGAGGUCGGCGAUAUCAAGCGAGUUCGGACCCUAUUGGAAUCUGUCACUAAGACCAACCCGAAGCACGCUCCCGGUUGGAUUGCACUCGCCCGUCUCGAGGAGCUUGCUGGCAGGAUAGUGGCCGCCAGAAACCUCAUCGCCAAGGGAUGUGAACUAUGCCCGAAGAGUGAAGAUGCUUGGUUGGAGAACAUCCGACUCAAUGAAGGCCACAACGCCAAGGUCAUUGCAGCAAACGCCAUCAAGAACAACGACCGGUCCACGCGACUCUGGACCGAGGCCAUGAAAUUAGAAACCGACACUCGAGCCAAAAAGAACGUCCUCAGACAGGCCAUCCUACACAUCCCUCAAUCCGUACAGAUCUGGAAAGAAGCCGUCAAUCUGGAAGAAGACCCGGCUGAUGCGCGUCUCCUUCUGGCCAAGGCUGUUGAGAUGAUCCCUCUCUCGGUCGAGCUGUGGCUUGCUCUUGCUCGCCUGGAAACUCCAGAUGCCGCCCAAAAGGUCCUGAACGCUGCUCGCAAGGCCGUUCCCACCAGCUACGAAAUUUGGAUUGCGGCCGCUCGACUCCAGGAACAGAUGGGCACCUUCGCCAAGGUCAAUGUUAUGAAGCGUGCUAUCCAGGCUCUGGCUCGCGAAAACGCUAUGCUGAAGAGAGAAGAAUGGAUCACGGAAGCUGAAAAGUGCGAAGCAGAAGGUGCUGUUCUCACCUGUGGUGGUAUUAUCCAAGAAACUCUCGGAUGGGGACUGGAUGAGGAUGACGACCGAAAGGACAUCUGGAUGGACGAUGCGAAGUCUAGCAUUGCCCGUGGUAGGUAUGAGACUGCCCGUGCCAUCUACGCCUACGCCUUGCGAGUCUUUGUCAACCGCCGAUCUAUCUGGCUGGCAGCAGCAGACUUGGAGCGUAAUCACGGGACCAAAGAAGCCCUUUGGCAGGUCCUCGAGAAAGCCGUCGAGGCAUGCCCUCAGAGUGAAGAACUCUGGCUCCAGCUCGCCAAGGAGAAAUGGCAAUCCGGCGAGAUUGACGAUGCACGCCGCGUCCUUGGCCGCGCCUUCAACCAAAAUCCCAACAACGAAGACAUCUGGCUGGCUGCUGUCAAACUCGAGGCCGACGCCAAGCAAACCGACCAGGCCAGAGAGCUCCUUGCUACUGCUCGUCGCGAAGCAGGCACCGAUCGGGUCUGGAUUAAGAGCGUUGCUUUUGAGCGCCAACUCGGCAAUACCGACGACGCUCUUGACCUCGUCAACCAGGGCUUGCAACUCUUCCCCAAGGCCGACAAGCUUUGGAUGAUCAAGGGCCAAAUAUACGAAGCCCAGAACAAGUUCCCCCAAGCACGCGAGGCAUACGGAACAGGUACCCGCGCCUGCUCCAAGUCUGUAGCACUCUGGCUUCUCGCCUCCCGCUUGGAAGAGAAGGCGGGUGCCGUUGUCCGCGCCCGAUCGGUUCUUGAUCGUGCCCGCCUCGCGGUACCGAAGAGUGCUGAGCUCUGGACCGAAAGCGUACGCGUUGAGCGCCGCGCCAACAACAUUGCGCAGGCGAAGGUCCUCAUGGCGCGCGCCAUCCAGGAAGUCCCCACCUCGGGGCUCUUGUGGAGCGAAAGCAUUUGGCACCUCGAGCCGCGUGCCCAGCGCAAGGCCCGCAGUUUAGAGGCUAUCAAAAAGGUGGAGAACGACCCGAUUCUGUUCAUCACCGUCGCGCGCAUCUUCUGGGGUGAACGUCGUCUGGACAAGGCCAUGACCUGGUUUGAGAAGGCCAUUGUUGCCGACAGCGAUUAUGGUGAUGGCUGGGCUUGGUAUUACAAGUUCCUUACGCAGCACGGCACCGAGGAAAAACGGUCCGAUGUGGUCUCCAAGUGUGUCUCGAUGGAGCCCAAGCACGGCGAGAUCUGGCAGUCCAUUGCGAAGGACCCGGCCAACGCGUAUCAAUCGACUGAGGAAACGCUGAAGCUUGUCGCGAAUACCAUCCAGUAG